GCAACUCGCGACCGCUCAAGAUGAGCGACACCACACUCCUAAUCAGAAGGUAGACAUUCUACCUAUUUCCAUUCAACGCUAACUUAUCAGGGGCAACGCAUUUCCCCAGCCGUCUCCCUCCUGGCAGGAGGCAUGGCCGGGGGAGCAGAGGCAGCAACAACGGCAUGUUCCAACCCCCGGCUCGCCCUGCAUCUCUAACGCCCUGCAGUACCCUUUCGAAUUCGCCAAAACGCGUCUGCAGCUCGGAGGGAACACCGGUAGUACGAAGAAUCCCUUUCAGCUCAUUCGUCAGGUCAUCGCCGCGGAGGGGAUCGGAGGAAUAUACACUGGUUGCUCGAGUCUGGUUGUGGGAACCAUGCUGAAGGCGGGGGUGCGGUUUCUGUGUUUCGAUUCCAUCAAGAACCAGCUGGUGGAUGAUGCAGGCCGAAUGUCAACUGCCAAUGGCAUCCUUGCAGGCAUGGUUGCUGGCGGGUUUGAGAGUGUCCUUGCUGUGACGCCUACGGAGAGGAUCAAGACUGCUCUGAUUGACGAUGCGAAACGUCCUCGGAAAGCACGCGGCGCCGUUCAUGGAGCAUAUAUGCUGGUAUCUCAACAAGGCGUUCGUGGGCUCUAUCGCGGCGUGGUCCCUACAACGGUGAAGCAGUCUGCCACCUCCGCAGUGCGCAUGGGGUCCUACAACAUGCUCAAAGAAACAUUCAAGGAGCGGUCCAUCCCGGUCAACGGGGCUACCACCUUCUUCAUGGGCUCAAUAGCCGGCACCAUCACCGUCUACGCGACGCAGCCGUUUGACACGGUCAAGACCCGCGUCCAGGGGAUGAGCCAGAAAGGCAUGUCGGAAGCGGUGACGGAGCUGCUGCGCGAGGAGGGCAUUCAGGGGUUCUGGCGAGGCAGCACUAUGCGCCUUGGCCGGUUGGUAUUGAGCGGUGGUAUUGUGUUUUCCGCCUACGAGCAGUUCGCCUCGAUACUUUCCAGUGCGACGUAGACUACAGCUGGGAUCAUCGAUCAUAUACCUAUUUGUUACAUGCCCGUGCUCAUUCUCAAUGCUUAGCUGCACCCGCCUCGACCUGCUUCUG